AUGUGUAAUAGGUUCAAGUUAUGGGGUUCAUCUAUUGUUAAUCGUGGAGUUGAUGAUGUGACUUCUGUUGGUAGUUCUAUUUUAUCUUCAAACUACAAUGAAGAAUCUGGUACAAGUCAUUCUAUUUCAUCUGCUGGUCAAAAGACGUAUAUUCCUUUGAAUGUUCCCGACGUUUUGAAGCCAACUAUAAAUCAAUGCUUUCAGAGUUUGGACCAAGGUUUCAUAUUUUACAAGGAGUAUGGUCGUUUAGGUGGUUUUGAUGUGAGGAAGGGAAUUGAAAAGAGGGAUGAAUCUGGUAUAGUUAGUAUUAAACAUUAUACAUGCAGUAAAGAAGGGUGUAAUGAUUUUCGUAGUACUUUGGAUAGUAAUUUGAGUAAAGUUAAGCGAAGGCGGAUUGCUUCUACUAGGUGUUGUUGCAAAGCAAAGAUAGUUUUGAAGCUUAAUAAGGAUAGAGAAUAUUUUGUGUUUAAGUUUGAUGAGGUGCAUAAUCACCCCUUGGUUGAUGAAUCUGGAAGGCAAUUUUUGCGAUCUAGUCGUGAAAUGACUAUAAGUUCGAGGAAUUUUGUGUUUGAUGCUGCAAAAGUUAACAUUGGCUGUAGUAAAGCUUACGGUUUGAUGAAAGAAAUGGUUGGUGGGUAUUCUAAUGUUGGAGUUACAUUGAGAGAUUUUAGGAACUUUAAUCGGGACUUGAAAUGUUACGUUGGAGAAGGAGAUGGGCAAAUGUUAAUUGAAAAGUUUAAAGUGUUGCAGGAGUGCUCGAGUUCUUUCUAUUAUGCGUAUGAGCUUGAUGAGACAGGGCAUUUGACGAAGCUUUUUUGGGCUGAUGCAAUUUGUCGGAGGAAUUUCGAAGUGUAUGGGGAUGCUGUUUCAUUUGAUGCAACAUUCGAUACAAAUAAGUAUAAUAUGAUAUUUGCCCCGUUUACUGGGGUUGAUAAACACGAAAAAUGUGUAACUUUUGCUGCUUGCCUUUUGGCAAAGGAAGACGUUACUCAUUAUAAAUGGGUUUUUGAUCAAUUUUCUACAUGUAUGAAACGUCAUCCUGUUGUUAUCAUCAUUGAUCAGUGUCCAGCAAUGAAAAUUGCAGUUUCUUCGUCACUUUCUUCAAAAAAUGGUUUCGUUGCUACUAAACACCGCUUGUGCAUGUGGCAUAUAAUGCAGAAAUUUCCUAUAAAGCUUCGUAACCGGUUAUGUAAAGAGACUGACUUCAUGGAGAAAAUGAAAAAGUAUAUCUGGUCAAAUCAUUUAGAUAUUGCUGAGUUUGAACAAGGAUGGCAGGCUGUUAUGAAGGAGUUCAGUUUGGAAAAUAACAAGUGGUUGAGUGACAUGUAUGAUAUCAGAUCUUCAUGGAUUCCUGCUUUUUUUAGAGAUGAGCCUAUGUUAGGUUUAAUGAGGACCACGUCUAGGUCAGAAAGCGAGAAUUUUUUCUUUGCUCAGUUUCAUAAACAAGUUGAUUCAUUAUGUGAGUUUUGGUUGCGUUUUCAAAGUGCAAUUCAAAGACAACGAAAUGAGACGGAGAGGCUUGAUGAAGAGUCAAAAUCGAGCUUUCCCAAUACAUUGUCUACAUGGUUUAUUGAAGAUGAUGCGGCUGAUUUGUUUACUCGGACAGUUUUUUAUAAAGUCCAAGAGGAGAUUUUGGCAGCAUGUUUGGAUAUGCAAAUCAAAUGGAUGAGUGAAGAGGUGGAUGGUAUUGGUUAUAAAGAUCAUGUUGUUUGUUCUUGCAAGAAGUUUGUGAUGUGUGGUAUAGUUUGCAGGCAUAGUUUAUGUGGUAUGAAGCAUAUUGGAGUAACAAGAUUUCCUAAAAGUCUUAUUGUAAACCGAUGGUCAAAAAUUGCUGAUUGUGGAAGCUCGUGUGAUAUGAUAUCUGCUGAUUAUUUUAAGAUGGAGAAGGUUUCAUUAAAAUUGAUGAACAUUUGGUUUGAUUUUCGUCAAAUUCUUAACAAAGCUGGAGUGCAGAUGGAAGUCCUUGAAUUUGUGCACCAAACUGUGAAGGACUUAAGCACCAAAGUUGGCAGUAGUUUGGAUGGUGCUUCUUUUUCAAAAAAGGAUCACAUGGCUGCUUUGAUUGGUGAACAGCCUCAAGGAGAACUUACUGUGCUUGUUCCAAAUAUUUCUAAAACAAAGGAAAUAAUUUUAAAUCAGGGAGGUUGA